AUGGAGAAAAAAGACGAUCCCACCUUCAACGCCAUGAACAACAGCAGCAGCAACAGCAGCUACAACAACUAUGGCAGCAACGCUUUCCUUCAGUCCGUGUCGGAAAUCCACACGCCGCUGAGCAAGCGCGAGACGAACAGCGACAUUCACUACCGACCCUCGGCGUUCGCGGCGUCGCUUCGUGAGACCACGAACCACAAGUUCCAUCCCGGCAGUGCCGUUCACCACGGGAGCUACGGAACGCCGUUCACGGGAACGCGAGGCGGAACGCCGUUCACGGGAGCGCGAGGCGGGUCGAAGGUGCGCCAGUCGCCGGCGGUGCAGAGGAAGGAGGUGCUUCAGCUGAUGGAGGAGCGGGAUGAAGCGCAACGUGCGGCCAAGGCGAUCUUCGAGGAGAAACGAGACCUCGAGGCCGCUGCAUGGAGGCGCAAGUGGGAGGCAGCAGAGAGGGAGCUAGGCGAGGCGAGGCAGGAAAUGGCUCGCCUGGAGGUGCAGCAGCGGCGCCUGCCGCACCUGGAGAAGCAGCUGCAGAACCUGAAAGGGGAGGUGGAGCGGUGGAGGGGCACAGCGGAGGAGAUGCAGCGAGAGGCGGAGGAGCAGAGGACGAGGGCCAAGGUGGCGGAGGUUAAGAAGGCGGCGCUUGAAGAGCUGGUCGCUUCCCUGACGAGGACGAGAGGCAAGAUGGCGGGGUUCAAGAGGGGGACUCUUGAAGGCUACGUGCAAGGGGAUGAGGCGGUGAGGGUGAUCAAGAGCCUGCAGUCGCAGCUGCGGGCGGCGCAGCGCGAGAGGGACGCGGGGAGGGUGGAGUGCGCGCGGCUGAGUGAGAUGGUGGCGGGGCUGCGGAGGGACCUGGCGCGGGCAGAAGAGGCGGGGGGGAAGGCGGGUGUGGAGGCGGCGGAGGUGAGGAGGCAGCUGCUUCAGGCGAAGGAAGAGCAGAAGGCAGAGCGCCUCAUUAAGCGCCACUCGCUCUUUCUAACUCCUCCAAUGCCUCCUGCAAUGCCCUUCAACUUCCCCUACGCCCUCGUCGGCUCUUUUUUUGUUCCCCAGGCGGAAGCUCUGCUGGCGGAGAGGGAGCAGCGGGCGGCUCAGCUGAUGGCAGCAGAGGGAGCCCGGAUGGAAGGGGAGAAGGACAAGGUGCUGCUCGCCGCGGACCUCUCGUCCACCAGGGCGGAGGUCUCCCGCCUGGAGAGGAGCAUGGCAGAGUCAGAGAAGCUCUCCAAGCAGUGGCUAUCCUCGCUACAAGCAGAACUCGCUGUGGUUAAAACGGAGCUGGAGCGCAAGGAGCGCAAGCUGGAAGAAGCUACACGCGAGCUGAACGUUAAGAUUAGGGAGUGUGAGAAGAUGGAGAGGGCCUGGGAGAAGCAGCAGGAGGCUUGGAACGGAGAGGCGCAAGAGGCAGCGGUGCAGCUCGUUUCAGUGCGGUUGGACCUGGCUGGUUGUGGCUUUGCGCGGAGUGAGGCUGAGCGGGAGUGGGCGGAGGAGAAGAGGGCGAGGGAGGAGGAGUGGGUGGGCAAAGAGAAGGAGUGGGAUGAAGAAAAGCUGACGUGGAUCAAGGAGCAGCUGAUUUGGGCAGAAAAGGAGCGGGAGUGGGCGAAGGAAGCGGAUGAACAGAAAGAACACGUGGCAUGGCUUGAGACGAGCCUGUCAGGGGUAGAGCAAGAGAAGUUGGAGCUGCUGCAGGCUAAGACAGAGGCGGAGCAGGAGAGGGAGGAGGUGGAGAUGGAGAGGGAGGAACUGGAGCAGGAGAGGAGGAGAUUGGAAGGGGUGGUGGUUGCUCUGCGAGACGAGGGACAGCGGCUGGAGCAGGAACUUGAAGAGGUAAAAAAGCAGGCGGAGGAGGAGCGGAAGAAGGCUGAGGAGGAGCAGCAGGCAGCGCAGCAGGCGAUCCAGGCGUGGGAGCAGAAGGAGCAGCAGUGGGUGGCCUGUGAGGCGCAGAUGGCAGCUCAGAUGGGGUGCUUGGAUGAGGAGAUUACAGGGCUGAAAGUGGCACAAGCAGCGGAGCAGCAGGCGUGGGCGGAGAAGGAGUGCAGGUGGGCAUCUGAGCUAGAGGAGUGGACGCAGAAGGAACAGCAGUGGGCGGGCUGUGAGGCGCAGAUGGCAGCUCGUGUGAGGUGCUUGGAUGAGGAGAUUGCUGGGCUGCGGGAAGCGCGAGCGGCCGAGCAGCAGGCGUGGGCGGAGAAGGAGAGGCAGGAGCAGGGACGAGUUGCCUCUCUGGUAGAGCAGUGGGGGCAGAAGGAGGAGCAGUGGGAGGAAGAGAGGAGGGAGCUGUUCGGCAAGGGAGAGGAGGUGUCUGCUCAGAUUAGGCUCCUGACUGCAGAUUUGACUUCUGUGAAACAGACGUAUGAGGAGGAACAGAUUCAAUGGGCGGAAGAGAAAAGCAGUCUUGCUGCCGAGGGGGAGGAGCUGUCCGCUCAGGCUGCGCUUUUGACUGAAGAGUUGGCUGUUGUGAAGCGUGCCUACGCAGGGGAGCAGCAGGAGUGGGCGGCUAAGGGGAAUGAGUGGAGGGCGAGGGAGCAGGAGUGGGAGGUUCUGGGGCAGCAGCAGAGGGUGCGGCUGGGAGAGAUGGAGACUGCAUUGGAGUGUGUUAAGGCAGAGAAGGCUGCUGUUGAGGAGGAGCUGGGAGAAGCGACGCAAGAAAGGGAGGAGCUGACGAGGGCCGUUGAUCUUCUGGAGCGCGAGAAGCAGAAGCUGAUCACAGCCUUUGAUUUGUUGGAGAAGGAGCGGGUGGGGGAGCGGGAAGAGUGGGGAGAGAAGGAAGAGGAAUGGAAGAAGAAGCAGGUGAUGCAGGAGGAGAAGAUGAGGGAGAUUCAGAGGGUGUUAGAAACGGUACAGCAGGAGAGUUUGCAGCAGAGAAGGGAGUGGGAUGGUAAGGAAGGGGAGUGGCUGGCGAAGGAGCACGCUUGGGCGUGCAGGGAGGGUAUCCUGGGUGAGGCUCUUGCUGUAGCAGAGGAGGACUUGUGCGCGGUGAGGGGAGAACUGGCAGAGAAGCAGCAGAUGAUAGCAGCAGCGGAGCAAGAGCUGUGCGUGGUGAGGGAAGACCUGGCAGCGAAGGAGCAGGCUUGGGCGUGCAGGGAGGGCUGUCUUGGUGAGGCUCUUGCUGCAGUGGAGGCAGAGCUGUGUGCGGUGAAGGGAGAACUGGCAGCGAAGGAGCAGGCGAUUGCAUGCUGGCAGGAGAAGGAGCAGGCUUGGGCAUGCAGGGUGGGCGUUCUGGGUGAAGUCCUUGCUUCAGCCGAGGAGGAGUUGUGUUCGGUGAAGGGAGAUAUGAGAGAAAAGGAGCAGCAGUGGGUGGAGAAGGCCGGGGUGAUGGAUGAACAGUUGGCAGCUCUGCAGCAGAAUCUGGCAGCAGCUCUGGCUGACGUGAACAGGGCUAACGGUGAGCUGGCAGCAGUGAGGAAUGACCUGGCAGAGAGGGACCAGGAGCUGGUGGUGACGGAGCAGAGAUGGGCUGAGAAGGAAGCGGCAUGGGAGGAGAAAGAAGCAGCAUGGGAGGCGAAGAGGGUAAUGCUUGAGGGGAGGGUGACAGAACUCGAAGGGAGUAUUACACGCAUGGAAGAAGAGAGAUCGGAUAUGCAGCGUGAGGUGCAAUCCAAGCAGGAAGAAUGGGCGCAGAAGGAACAGCAGCUGCUGCUGGUGCAGCAGCAGCAGCAGGAGUCGGCUGCAGGAGAUUUAUCAGCAGCAAAGGCAGCAAGGGAAGAGGCGGAGGUACAGGGGCACGCCUGGUUGGCUCGGGCAGAAGCAGCAGAGAAGAGAGAGGAGGGUCUUAGGAAGGAGAUGGACGGAUUGGUUCAGGAAGCAGCGGCAAGGCACCAGAGGGUGGUGAGAGACUGGACUGAGGCGCGUGGGAAGCUGGAUGCGGUGAAUGCGCGGUUGAGUGCGGUUCUGGGAGAGAGGGAUGGGUUGAAACGGGAGCUGGAGGGCGUGAGGAGGGAGUUCGGGAGGGAGAGGGAGGUGUGGGUGAAGGAACGGGCGGGUCUGGAGGAGAAAGUGAGGGGUUUGGAAGAGAAUGGGAGGAUUUUGGAGGAGGUGAGGGGUUUGGAGGAGAAAGUGAGGGGUUUGGAGGAGUCAAACGCACAGCUGAGAGCAUCAGUAUCCCAGCUACAGGGGCAGAAGGUGGCAUUGGAAGAGACAGUAAGGAAACUGAGGGAAUUGAAUGUGGAGCUAGAGCAGGCGAACGGGCAGCUGAUGGGAGGCAAUGUGCAGCUGGAAGCGAGCGUCGGGCAGCUUAGAACAGCCAACGGGCAGCUGAAAGCAGCAGUGGCACGGCUGGAAGGGGAGAAGGGGGCUGUAGAGGCGGAGAGGGCGGAAAGGGAGGCGGAGUGGGAGGCGGAGAGGGAGGGGAUGGAAAGGGAGAGGGGGAGAUUGGUGGGGGAGAGAGAGAGGCUUGUGGGGGUGAAUGCGCAGUUGAAGGGUGCUGUGGAGAGGUUGGAGCGGGAGAAGGGGGAGGCGGAGUGUGGGAAGGCGGAAGCUGAGGCGCAGUGUGCGGAGCUGAAGGGGGAGAGGGCGGAGCUGCGGGCCCUGGUGGCGCGGUUGGAGGGGGAGAAGGCGAGGGCAGAGGAGGAGAGGCGGAGGGCGGAGGGGGAGUGUGAGGGGUUGAAGGAGGAGAGGGACGGGCUUGUGGGGGAGAAUGCGAGGUUGGAAGGGGAGAAGGGGGAGGUGGAGAGGCGGAAUGGGGAGCUGAUAAAUGAAGUGCGUGCUUUACAGGAGACAGUGAGCAGGUUGGAGAAGGUAAGAGACGGGCUGGAGGUGGAGAAGAGGGAGGCGGGGAGACGGAAUGAGGAGCUGACGAAUGAAGUGUGUGAGCUCAGGGAAGCUGUGCGUGGGCUGGAAGAGGUACGGAAUGCGCUGGAGGAGGAGAAGAGGGAGGCGGAUAGGGAAAGCGGGGAGCUGCUAGGGGAAAGGGAGCGUUUGAAGGGCGAGUUGGCACAGGCUCUAUCGGAGAAGGGAGAGGUUGAAGCAGAGAGGGAGCAACUGCAGGCAGCAUUGGGACAGGUGCUUUCGGAGAAGGGAGAGGUUGAAGCGGAGAGGGAGCAACUGAAGGGCGAGUUGGCACAUGCUCUGUCGGAGAAGGAAGUGGUUGACACAGAGAGGGAGCAGCUGCAGCAAGCACUGGGACAGGCGCAGACAAAGACAGUUGAACUUGAAGCCGAGAGGGAGCAGCUGCAGGCGGGUAUGGAUGAGUUGGAGAGGGAAAUCGACCAGGUGAAGUCUGAGAACGAGGCCCUAGAUGCGGCUGGGAAGGAGCUGGAGGGAGCACUGGAGCAGGUGCAGUCGAAGGUGGGGCAACUUGAAGCGGAUAGGGAGCAGCUGCAGGAGGGAAUUGGGGAGUUGGAGAAAGAAAUCGGCCAGGUUAAGUUUGAGAGAGAGCAGCUGCACGCGGGUAUGGGAGAGUUGGAGAGGGAAAUCGGCAAGCUGAGAGCGGAAGGAGCAGCUUUGGCUGCAGCGAAGGGGGCUUUGGAGGAGGACCGGGUGGUGCUGCUGGCUGGUGCGGCUGAGAUGAAGACAGAAAUGGAGCAGGUGAAGUCUGAGAAUGAGGCCCUAGAUGCUGCUAAGAAGGGGUUAGAGGAAGAGAGGGAGAGGUUGGAGGCUGAGAGGGAGAGUUUGCUGGCUGAGAGGGAGGGACUUCUGGGUGAUAAGGUUGGGCUGGAGAAGGAGAGGGACGGAAUACUUGAGGCGCGGAAUGUGCUUCAGCAGGAGAAGGGUGAGUUGGAGGAGAGGGUAGAAAGGGCUGAGAGAGAAGUAGAGUCCAGGAGGCAGGAGAGGGGGAGGUUGGAGGAAAGGGUGGCUGCCUUGACAGGGGAGGGAGAGGAACUUAUGGUGAGGGUAGGGGAGCUGGAAGGUGAGCGGGACGGGUUACUUGAGGAGCGGGAGGUGCUUCAGCAGGAAAGGGGGAGGUUGGAGGAGAGGGUGGCUGCCUUGACAGGGGAGGGAGAGGAGCUAAUAUCAAAGGUGGUAGAGCUGGAAGCUGAGAGGGCUCGACUGGUGGAUCAGAUAGGAGGUUUGAACGGAGAGAAGGAGGCGUUCAUGGGUGAAAAGGAGGCGUUGAUGGUUGAGAAGGAGGCGUUGAUUGUGCAGCACAGGGAGCUGGAAGGUGAGAAUGCUGGUCUGGUGGAGCAGGUUGCAGGUUUGAGGGGAGAAAAGGAGGCGUUGGUGGUUGAAAAGGAGGAGUUGUUGGAAGGGAAGGCAGCAGUGGAAGCUGAGAGGGAUGGGCUGAAUGUGCAGAUAGGGGAGCUGGAGGUUGAGAGGGCGGGUCUUGUGGAGCAGAUUGGGUCUCUCCAGGCAGAUAAAGGGGUGCUGAUGGGUGAAAGGGAGGAGGUGAUGGAGGAGAAGGCAGCGGUGGAAGCUGAGAGAGAUGGGCUGAAGGUACAGAUACGGGAGCUGGAGGCUAGGAAGGAUGGACUGGCAGUGAAGCAAGCGGAGCUUGAAGGUGAGAGGGCGGUUCUCGUGGAGCAGAUUGGGUGCUUGCAAGCAGAGAAUGGGGUGAUGAUGGGCGAAAAGGAGGAGUUGGUGGAGGAGAAGGCAGCAGUGGAAGCUGAGAGGGAUGGGCUGAGGGUGAAGCAGAGGGAGCUUGAAGGUGAGAGGAUUCGGCUGAUAGAGCAGAUCGAGGAUUUGAACAGAGAGAAGGAUGUGCGAAUGGUCGAGAGGGAGGAGUUGGUGGAGGAGAAGGCAGCAAUGGAAGCUGAGAGGGAUGGGCUGAUGGUGAAGAACAGGGAGCUUGAAGCUGAGGGAAUUCGUCUAGUGGAACAGAUUGGGUGUUUGCAGGCAGAGAAGGGGGUGCUGAUGGGCGAAAAGGAGGAUCUGAUGGAGGAGAAGGAAGCAGUGGCGGCUGAGAGGGAUGGACUGAAGGUGAAGCAAGAAGAGCUGGAAGCUGUGGGGAUUCGCCUGGAGGAGCAGAUUGGGUGCUUGCAGGCAGAGAAGGGAAUACUAGAGGAUACAGUGAGACGGCUGCAAGGCCAAUAUGAUUCCUUACAGGAACAGUUUGGUGCACUCCAGGAGAAGAAGGAGGGUGUGGAAGCGGAGAGGGCAGAGCUGCAAGAGAAGGCUCGUGCUGUGGAGGAGAGGAGAGCAGACUUGGGGGAGACACUUGGACGGCUGCAGCGUCAAUAUGAUUCCUUACAGGAAGCGUUUGGAGCACUGCAGGAGCAGAAGGCGGGUGUGGAGGCGGAAAGGGCAGUGCUGCAAGAGAAGGCUCGUGCUCUGGAGGAGAGUAAGGCUUUUUUGGAGGGAGAGAAUGCUGCUGUGGAGGAGAGGAGGGCAGCUUUGGAAGGAGAGAAGGCCGGUUUGGAGGAAUUGGUGAGAUGUUUGACAAGGGAGAAGGAGUUGGUUGAGAGUGCUAACUGCGAGCUCAAGGCGUCCCUGAGCGAGAGUAGGAGCACUGUGGAGCAGCUAGAGAACACACUGGAGGAGAGAGAGGGUGUCAACUGCGAGCUCAAGGCCUCACUGAGCGAGAGUAGGAGCACCGUGCAGCAGCUAGAGAAUGCCCUGGAGGAGAGGGAGGGCGCUGUGAGGGGGCUGGAGGGGACUGUGCAGCAGCUGGAGCAGUCAUUGGCGGGCGCUAACUGCGAGCUUGAGGCGUUGGUGGAGGAGAGUAGGAGCACCGUGCAGCAGCUGAAGGAGAUGCUGGGGGAGAGAGAGGGUGAUGUGAAGAGGUUGGAGGGGACUGUGCAGCAGCUAGAGCAGACAUUGGAGGAGAGGGAGGGCAUUAACUGCGAGCUUGAGGCAUUGGUGGAGGAGAGUAGGAGCACGGUGCAGCAGCUGAAGCAUGCAUUGAAAGAGAAGGAGGGUGUUGUGAGGAGGUUGGAAGGGACACUGGAGGAAAUGGAGCAGGAGAGGAAGGCAGGAGAGGAGGAGAUGAGUGCGAUGAAGGUGGAGCGAUCAGAGCUAGAGGCGUCCUUGCUGCAGCUGCAAGUGCGACAGGUGGAGCUGGAAAGUACCCUGCAAGAGAUGAAAGGAGAGAAGGAGAGGUUUGAAGCAAGGCUGCAGCAGGCGCAGCAGGAGCAGCAGGAGAUGCAGCAGCGACUGGAGAGGAAGGAGGAGGAGAUGAGAGGCCAGCAGGAGGUGUGGGCACGGGUGGAGAAGAGAUGGGAUGUGGAGAUGGGGGAGAAGGAAGCCGCGUGGAAGGAGCUGGAGGGGAGGCUGAGGGGAGAGGUAGCGGAUAGGGACGGGCAAGUUGGGAGGCUGAAUGGGCUGGUGGAGGGACUAGAAGGGCAGAUGAGGGAGGAGAGAGAGCGUGUUGUUGCCCUGACUGAACAAGUCAAUGAGCUUCUGGAGGUGAAGGGGCAGUUAGAGGAGCAGAGGGAGGGGGUUGUGAGGGAGAAGGAGCAGCUGGGAGAGAGAGUGAGGGAGUUAGAGGGGAGGGUGGUGGAGGUGGAGGAGGAGAGGAGGAAGGCAGUGCAGGAGUGUGAGGGUGAGAUAGAGAGGAGGGGAGAGGAAGUGAGGAGGUUGAAUGAGGGUGUGAGGAGGAUGGGAGAGGAGGUGAGGGAGAGGGAGAGGGAGAUGAGGAGGCGGGAGGAGGAGGUGGUGGUUGCCGUGGAGGCGGAGAAGAGGAGGGUGAAGCAGGAGUAUGGGGAGAGGGAGGCAAGGAGGGAGGAGAGGAUGGAGAGGAAGAUUGCCAAGAUCCAAGCAGCAGUGCAGGAGGAGAAUAAGACUCUCAAGCAGAAGGUGAGAGCAAGGGAUGAUCAGAGGCGUGUGGAGUGA